AUGGGCGCCACUGCCACCGAUAUUGAGAAGGUUCCAUCGGCCGGGACACCGGACGAGCCCAAGGCCGGCGAGACUAAUGUCUAUGUUGACACCGAGGCGGAGAAGAGUUUCGUCCGCAAGGUGGACUUCUUUGUCCUGCCUAUGCUAUGUUUGAUGUACUUCUUUGACUGCAUGGAUCGAAGCAACCUCGCCAACGCCAAAACGGACGGCCUGGAAGAGGACAUCAAUCUCAAGGGCAACGAAUACUCGCUCCUCAUCCUGCUCUUCUAUAUCCCCUUUGGCCUGUUUGAUCUGCCAUGGAACCUGCUGAUCAAGCGGUACUCGGCACGGAUUAUGCUCUCGCUCAGACGGUACGCAGUGACCGUCGUCUGGGGUAUCUGCGCGUUGUGUCAAUGCGCAGCAAAUAACUUCGGCGGAUUACUCGCUAUUCGCAUUAUCCUAGGAGUCUUUGAAGCAGGCUUCUUCGCCGGCUCGACCUUCUACUUCACGCUCUUCUACACCCGCAAUGAGAUGGGGUUUCGGCUCGCGGUCCUGCAGUCCUUCGCCGUGCUGGCGUCGGCAUUCAGCGGCUUGAUCUCGUUCGGCCUAUUCCAGAUAAACCAUUCCGCCGUGAAGGGAUGGCAGUGGCUCUUUAUUGUCGAGGGGGCCAUGACGCUGAUUAUUGGAGUGAUUGGGUUCUGGUGGUUACCGGACACAGCCCAGAGCGCGUGGUUUCUCACGCAGCGAGAACGAGACGCGGCUUCUGCCAGGCUCCUGAGGGAUACGUCUGCAGAGAUCGAGACAAAACUGGAGCUGAAGGCUGCAUUUCAAACAUGGAGCGACUGGAAGUUUCCCAUCUGGGCUGUUAUCACCUUUUCCUACCCGGUUGCGUAUGCGACGGCGAUGAACUUCUUUCCCAUUAUCGUGGCUCGCCUCGGCUACUCCGUCGUCAAGACGAACCUCUGGACUGUAGCGCCUAAUCUCGUUGGCGCGGUGGUACUGCUCGUCGUCGCUAAGUCAUCUGAUAUCUUCCGCGAGCGGUCCUUGCAUAUCAUCUUUAGCCUGACGGUUUCACUGGUGGGAAUGUUGAUCCUGGCUAGUAUUGAUGUCUCGCAUAACAAGGGCGUCUCGUACUUCGCCUGCUUCUUACUCGCAUCUGGUGCAUACAUUCCGACGUGUCUCGUGCACGCCUGGCACAAUAACAAUAACACGAACGAGAACUCCCGCGCUGCUAACACUGGCUUCUUUGUCGGGCUGGGCAAUAUCGCUGGUGUUCUGAGUGCCGCUACCUUCAGGACAGAGUAUGCGCCCAAGUAUGUGCCCACGCUGGUUGCGACGUGUGCGUGUAACGGGGUCUGCAUACUCGCUACCGCCUUUAUGGGCACUUGGAUGAGGCUGGAGAACCGGCGCAAAGACAAGGAGCAGGGUGCUCGAAUUGUUGCCGGGCAGGUCGAGACGCGGAUGCUGGCAGACGGCGAGAAGAGUCCAGAGUGGCGGUAUUUUCUGUAG